AUGACCCGUAGACUCAAGACAAAGUUUCCGACUACCCGUCCGUUCACCGACCCGCCUCCAAUGCUAGACGAGCGCGUCGCGGAGGGUGUAACCCCGACGUAUAUUCUCGCGUGGAAGAUUAACCGGCGGGAGUUGUACAUUACGCCAAAGCUGUACCAGAAUGUGGACGCUGCAUAUGUGCGGUGCUGGGAGAAGCGCCUCGAGAAGGAGGGCAUCAAGCCCCUAUCCGUGAGCCGGGUGUGGUUGGAAGAGUGCAUAUACGAGGACGACGAUUACGACACGUUCUACUUCCUUGCCGGCACCAACCACUUCAAGUACGAUCUUACGCUGAAACCGGGCUGUCGCGAUGUGCGCCUUGCAAAGGCGGCGUUUCUGGAUGUGUGGGAGCCGUUUGACAAGACGACCGACCCGGGUGACCCGGUGUGGUACCGCAUGGGCCCGUAUUACAACGACUCGGAGGAGAAGAUUAUCGUCCCAGAGAUCGCAAGCAGCAGUUGUUAG